UCCACCCUGUCCCCACGGGGUCUGUGCCCCUCACAGGGGUGUCACUGUCCCUGUGUGAUCCACGGCCCCGAUGGGGGGUCCCUGUCCCCGUGGGGUCCAUGGGCUGCCCCCCGCCCGUCCGUGAGGGUCCCGUGUUCCGGCCGAGGCCGUGCCCGGAGCCAGCGCUGGGUUCCCGCUCCUCGCUGUACUUCGCCUCGCUGGACGCCGCCGUGGAGGGGCUGCAGCAGCGGGUGCAGGACGUCCUCCGACGCCUCAACGGCGGCCGCGAAGAAGCGCACACGGAGCUGAGCGGCGUCAGGGACAGCAUCCUGCUGAAGGUCUCGGAGCUGACGGAGCAGCUGGAGGAGCGGCUCUUCCACGGCUACGGCUUCCACAACGGGCUGAUCCAGGAGAGGCUGCAGGCGCUCAGCGAGGUGCUGGAGCGCGUGGAGGGGGUGCAGGCGGAGCUGCGCCGCAUUUGCUGCACCGUGGAGGCAGCUUAUCAGGACCUCUGCCUGCAGCCCGAGGACUGAGGGCACCCCCAGACCGGAGCGAGACCCCCAAACCCACGGGACUGCAGGGCUGUACCAGGCCAAAGGGGGAUUUUGGCCCCAAAGGGCUUUUCUGUUGCUGUUGCUGUCGGUGGUUGGAACAAAUAAAGGGCUGAAGCUGACCCAAAA